AUGUCUUCUACCACUUCCACCGCUGCAUCCCCCACCGCCUCCUCCCGGCAGGUCCAGGUCGAGAUCCCCUCCUCCACAGUCAUAGCCAUCGGCCUUGGCUUUCUCGCAUUCGUCUGUCUCCUCGUCACCACCACCCUCGGCACGCGUCUAUACCGCGUCAGGCGCCGGAUGCUCGCAGAUCGAGCGGCUGGGCAACCCAUCACAUUCGCACAAGCAUGGGCGCGCGAAGGGGGAUUGUUCUCCUUCCUCACCAAUAUCGGCAACAGUGGGCUAGGAGUGGGCGCUGGAGCGACGUUGGUAGGCGGGCGCGGAACGGAUCGGCUGUGGGGAGCUUCGCAUACGGAGAAGGAGGUGCCUAUCAUAUGGGAUGUGCCAAUACAGGAGAAGGCGCAGGAAGCGGCAGAUGGGGAUGACUCUUUCGAUCCUUUCGCGCUCUCUUCUACCGCCUCCCCGCGAUACAUCGAUCGCGCCACUCCAGCUACCGAGCUCCCCCAACCCCGAUUCACACUAUCUAUCCUCAUCUCCCUCCCUGCUCAACCUACCCGACCCAAGCCCGUCAACCCCAGCGCUUCCAAGCCGGAAGGCGAGGAUGAAGAGGACGAGUGGGCGGAGAUACCGGAAGUCCUGAUCGGCACAACCCAGAUCUGCCCUAUGAUCAGCAAUGCUCCGCCCGAGGCGGCGGCAGGCGCCGAAGAGAAGAAGACAUCGAGGACGACGGAAAGGCAGAAGCUGGAGAGAGCAGAAACGAAGGCGUCUGCGCUGGAUGGUGGUGCUGCGGUGCAGGAGUUGGGGUAUGUGGAGGGGAGCAGGCCGGCGAGGUGGGAGCGGUACGAUGUGAUCAAGUGGAGGAUAGAGGGGAUGCGGUAA